UUCUCCAUAUUAAAACCCUUUCCUGCACAUCUCUCUUGAAAUCAGAAAACACACCACCAGAGCAGCUGACAGCAGGAUCAGUACAUUUCUGUCAUACACUCUGGUGGUCCGUCUGAUCUGAUCUGGAAGGACUCAUUGUUGUCUGUGACAUCCACCAGCCCCCACUGUAUUACGUUAUGUUUUUCUUUUAGCAACUUCCUGUAGCAUGAAAGGAAAUAGUGUGAAUAGGAAGUGCAGCUGCUUGCUGCACCACAUUAAAAAAAUACCAUCAUGACAGAAGGUUCUGCUAAGGGUGCUGUGCCAUCGGCCGGCAUGGAAUACAACGUGGCUUUCCUCAGAUCUAUCAGGGGUGUACUGAAGAUUGCAGAGCUGGUGACCGUUUUUGUCGCUUUUAUCUGUUUCGCGACAGCGACUGGACCCUCCUACAUUGCUGCCACCUGUAUGGAGUUCCUGCUUACUUCCGCCCUCAUCCUGCUCUAUGUGUUGAAGCUCAACAAGAAAAUCACGCUCUUCUUCUGGCCUCUCAUUGACGUUUUCAACUCGCUCUUUGCUGCCAUGUUCAUGUUCGUCAUCAGCAUGAUCGCUGUCACCAAUUAUUCAGCCAAGGGAACUCUGGGAGGUGGGAUCAUGGGGUUAAUGGCUACUGGCCUGUGGUGUGGGGACGCCUUCCUGCUCUUUAGAAAGGUUACCUUCAACCAAGUGAGGACCGCGUCUGCCCCAGUGAACUGAGGCCUUCAAGACUCCCCUGUGUCCCCUUCAGCUUCCAGGAAAGGAGUCCAGCAAGCCAUGCUGCGAUCACAGAGCACAGUACAGUUUUGAUCUGAGGAUGGGGACAGGGUGGGGUUGUGUGUGGGGGGAGGGGCUGUCUUUGCACAAUUCUUUGAGCUGCGAA